AUGGGUGGAAUUAGAAAGUAUAAGAAGAAUGAAAAGGGUGAGAACAUCCGUUUCAUCACCAGAAAUGCUGCUGCUAGAAAGUUACAAAUAUCUUUAAAAUUAUUCAGAAAAUUAUGUAUUAUUAAAGGUAUUCAUCCACGUGACCCAAAGAAAAAGUUACAAGGUAAACAUAAAACCUAUUACUAUAUGAAGGAUAUCAGAUUCCUUCAACACGAACCAAUCAUUCAGACACUUCGUGAUCGUAAGACUUUUGCAAAGAAGGAGAAGAAGCUGAGAGAGCGUAAGGAUUGGGCAGCGUUGGAGCAGUUCAUCAAGAAUCGUCCGUCGUCAUCGAUCGACCACAUCGUUCGUGAACGUUAUCCAACAUUUACAGAUGCGCUGAAGGAUCUCGACGAUUGUCUGACUCUGAUCCAUCUGUUCGCAUCGAUGGACAGCUCUCCCAAGUUGCGUGAGAAUCACAUCGUUACCUGCGCCGACUUGUGUCGUGAGUUCCAACACUACGUCACCGUUUCAAAGUCGUUGAAGAAAGUGUUUGUCUCUAUCAAGGGUAUCUACUAUCAGGCCGAGAUCAUGGGUGAAACCAUCACCUGGUUGACACCGAUCAACUACAUCAACAAGAAGGAAAAGAAAGUCGACUACGGUGUCAUGAUCAACUUUUUGGAGUUCUACGAAGUCAUGCUCAAGUUUGUCAACUACAAGCUCUACACUUCACUCGGAUUGAAGUAUCCACCAACCAUCGAUAAAAGCAGAUUGAACAACGGUGAACAUCUUUCAUCCAUCCUUACCGAGAAAUUAAACAAGACAUCAACAACAACAACAACAACUACCACUUCAUCAAAGAAGAAUAACAAACAAGCUCUUUCAAAAGAAGCUAUCGAUACACAAAAAAAGGUUAAUGAAAUUUCCAAAUCAUUGAAUCAAGAAGAUGAAGAGAUGGAAGAGAAUGAAGAUGAUGCUGCCAAUGGUGGAAAUUUAGAGUUGAAUUCAAAGGGUAUCUCAAAGGAUUUCGAGGAUCUCGUUGGACAGGAAGGUGAUCAAGAAGGUGCCACUUCUGUUGUCAAGUUGACCGACCAAACCAAUCUCUUCAAGGGAUUGAAGUUCUUCUGCUCGCGUGAGGUUCCAAAGCACGCCUUGGAGUUUGUCAUCCAAUCGUUUGGUGGUGAGGUAUCGUGGGAGGGCGGUGCUUUCUCAGAGUCUGACCAAAGCGUUACUCAUCAGAUCAUCGAUCGUAACAGCCAAGAAAAGAUCUAUCCAAACCGUGAGUACAUCCAACCACAAUGGGUAUUCGAUAGUGUCAACUCACAGAUCCUCAUGGAUGUCACCGAGUACGGUAUCGGUGUCGUUCCACCACCACAUCUCUCGCCAUUCGUCGAGUACGAUGAAUCCAGUUAUAUCCCCGCUCGUAAACAGAUCCUCGAUGAGAUGAUCCAACAGAAAGGAUUCGACGCUGCUUCGGUCACCUUGGAGCAAGACGAUCUCGAGAGUGACGACAACGACGACGAAGAAGAAAAGGAUAGCGACGAAGAGGAUAGCGAUGAAGAUGAAGAUGACAUUGCAGCAAUGGAAGCUCGUUAUAUGAAGGAUAUAAAGAAGGAGGAGAUUUCAAAGAAGAGAAAGUCAACCGAAGAUGAAGAGGAGGAGGAAGAAGAGGAAGAGGAAGAAGAAGAGGCAGAGGAAGUAGACGAUCAAGAGGAAGUCGAAAGUGAAGAGGAAGACGAAAAGAAAUUAAACAAGAAGAAGACCGAUAAGAAGAAGAAGAAAGAACAAGAAGAGUUGAAACUUGCCGAAAUGAUGAUUAGAAAGAAGGACAAAUGGUUAUACCAGAGAAUUAAGAAUAGAAAUGAAGCUGCCGAUAGAAACAAGAAUAAACUUUUGACCAAGAGAGAGAGAAUCGAAUCUGGAAAGACUGUCGAUGGUAUUCCAAAGUCGCAGAUCGUCAAACAAGACAGAGGUGAUGUCUACGAUCACAACUACAUUCCAAAACCAGUUUUAAAAGAGAAACCAGGAAAACCAGCAGCCGCCAACAAAAAACAACCAACCAACAAAACCACUUCCACCAAAUCAACAACCACCACAACAACAACUAAAUCCAACGUUUCAAAAGCAACACCAGCAGCACCAACAGCAACCACUAAAAAACCACAGGCACAACCAAACAAGAAACCAAAAACCAAGUAA